AUGGCCUCCUCAUCUCGUCUGGGGGCUAGAAUCAGUGCCAUACCUCUUACAACCCCGUCGCGCAUGCCGUCCUCUGCUGUGCCCACGUUCACGACAAAUCGGCUGACAUACUACCAUUUUCAACUGCCGGAUCGCACCAGAAAUACAGCAGGGUGGUGGCCUGACAGAGCCAGGUCAGCCUUUGGAACAACGGAGAGUGGAUGGAAGUUAAAGUUUCGCCAUGCUUUACGACGGAUGAUGGACAAGAUUGAAUUCGAAGAGCAUGCGUUGAAGGGGCUUAAUCCUGCAACGGGUCCAUCCAUUCCCAACCGCAGUAGGAUGCUCUGGAAAUUCUGGGAGAAGCGAAUAGACACGAACAAGCCAGUACAGAUCCCUUUGCUAUACCCCCCAUCUCUCUUCCCUUCCCCUUUCUCCGCGCUUUCGGAGCUAAAGGCGCACUGUUCCUCCCGUUUAUUAAGCCAUCAAAGUGGAUUCUGUCUGUGGUCUGUUGCUAUCCCGUUCACUGCACUUGUCCACUUUAUCCCUGUGUUCCCCAACUUCCUAUUCCUUCUCUCUGCGUGGCGUGUGUGGUCACAUUACAAAGCAUACAAAUCUGCAGUGUAUCUACAAAAACUGCUUGACCAUGACAUGAUCGUACCCGAAGCAAGCACCGAACUGGAUACCGUUUACUUACGGCCUCCGGAUCAAUUUCAAUCCUCCCAGAAUCCAGGCGAGACGAAGUACACCGAAUCCACUAUUCCAUCUUUACCGCGCCUCUUGCUGACACAUGAAGACCUCCCUUUACUUCUGUCCAUAUUUGAGUCUUAUGAGUCCAGACGGGAAUCCGGUGCUGCCACAUCCGCGGCUGCGGAGGUGAAUUUGAGACGGGCAAUUGCCCAAGUUCAAGAGAGGAUUCAGUAUACAGUUAAGCUACGCCUGGCGUGGCUACGCUGCAGUCAUCGAGAGGCUCAAGUUUAA